AUGAGCUCGGCACAGGAAUCGGCGCCCAAGCCGUCGGGCAAGAAGAAGGCGGCCUCGCCUGCCAUUCGCUAUCCCUUUUGGUUUGGAGGCAGCGCCAGUAGCAUGGCCGCCUGUGUCACGCAUCCGUUAGACUUGGUCAAGGUCCGAUUGCAAACGCGACAGGGCAAUGCCCCCAAGAACAUGAGCGGCACCUUUGUGCACAUCCUGAAAAACGACGGCGUCAUUGGCCUCUACUCGGGCAUCUCGGCCUCGCUCAUGCGCCAGCUGACCUACUCGACGGUGCGCUUUGGCGUCUACGAGGAGCUCAAGACGCGCUACGAGCGCUCCGGCCGCAGCGCCGGCUUCCCGGCGCUGACGGCCAUGGCCGUCUCCUCGGGCUUCCUCGGCGGCAUCGCCGGCAACUUUGCCGACGUGCUCAACGUGCGCAUGCAGCACGACGCCGCGCUGCCCGCCGCCGAGCGCCGCAACUAUAAGCACGCCGUCGACGGCAUGGUCCGCAUGGCGCGCGACGAGGGCCUCUCGAGCUACUUCCGCGGCUGGCUGCCCAACGCGAGCCGCGCCGCCGUCAUGACGGCCGGCCAGCUCGCCACCUACGACACCUUCAAGCGCCUGCUGCUCGAGUACACACCGCUGGGCGACACCCUCACGACGCACUUUUCCGCCUCGUUCCUCGCGGGCCUGGCCGCGGCCACGGCGACGAGCCCCAUCGACGUCAUCAAGACGCGCGUCAUGUCGUCGUCGCAGCAGCAGCAGGGCAUCGCCCAGUCCAUCAGGGAGAUUUAUCGCGCCGAGGGCAUGGGCUGGAUGUUCAAGGGCUGGGUCCCCAGCUUCCUGAGACUCGGACCGCACACCAUCUGUACAUUCAUCUUCCUGGAAGCGCACCGCAAGCUGUAUAAAAAGGCCAAGGGAAUCGACGACGGCCAGUAA